ACAACAUUUCAGUUGAAGUCCAACUUUGCGCUUAAUCUAGCCAUAGUAAAUCAGGAACCCAAGAAAGGUACAAACAAAAAGCGAGUCGAUGAUUUGUCCUAUCAACUACAAGACACCUCGAUGACAUUACCACAGUUGAAGCGAAUGCGACAGGCCUCGAUGUCGAUCAUCAGACGAACAGGACACACGAACCAAAGGAUAGCGGAUCACGAAAUCUCCGCCAAUAAUUCGGGCUUUGAAAUGAACGAUAAUUUAGAGAUGGAUCUUGACAUUUGUGAAAGGAAAGCAAAUGAGGAGAAUUUGUCAAUGAGAACACUUGAACUAAAGCCAGAAAUUGCUGAUUCAUCCGUUAUUAAAACAAGCAUAAGUGAGGGUAUCGACACGACUGAACGUCUGCGCAAGUCAGGGACGUCGCCAUCUCCCACUGGAAUACAGUCAAACCAAACGGGUUUCCACAACACCCUUAGGGAUGAUGAUAUUUAUCAACAGCGUCAAAGCUACGCUCCUGAAAGUAAGGUAAUGCUAAGUUAAAAGAGCGAUGUUUGACAAUGGCAUGUCAAAACAGAUUCCUCGCCUACCCUGAGCAGAAUUCGAACGGCUAUGGGCUGGGGGGUGGGGGGAGGCAAUUCCUUAAUUAGUACCGGCAUUUGAUAAGGGUAUGCUAUGCGUAACUGAUUAAAGUACACAGUCAAGGUUUGAUUGAUAUCGGAAUAAAAUUUCCCAAGAGAAUGUCUGGUUUAUUGUGUGGGUAAUAAAAAUCAGCCAUAUAUUCGGAAAUCUCGUACAUGUAUGAUAAGCAGCUUUCAUUUUUCUAAAAAUGUAACUAAAAUGUAAAAUGUAAUAUAUUUUCUAUAUUCAAAGCCGAACAGGAAAAAAGACCCAGGUGAUGGUCAACAACGAAGGGAUUGGUCUCUGCAUCUUUUUCCAGCCUCUUGCAGGUACGAUUGCGUAAAAAAAUGUUCUAUUCUGGAAAGAAUGUUCACUUGCGAAUUGGUCACAGAGUAACAUGUUUACUAAUAUCUCGAUGAAAAAGAAAAUUCAUCGUUAAAUACCCUCUUCCAAUAUUAUGUCGAGAAGAUUUCAUCAUUAUUAUCAUCAUCUGGAAUAGUAACCAGAAGGUCAUAGGUUUAACUCCUGUUAGAAGUACUCAGAUUUUUUCUUCGGAGCCACCUGUGUCACUGACUGAAAAAAACCAUCUCAUCAUCAUCAUCAUCAUCAAGAUCAUUAUCAUUUGAUAAAGUAGGUUGUACAUAAAAUUUGCAGUUAUCUGAAUGAAAAGUCCUCAAAAGGCAGUUUUUGGGCUUAAUAAGCUCCAAAAUCACACUAACGAAGGAAAAGGAAAGGUGGAAAAGAAAGAUUGAGGAGGAAGAAAGGAGGAGAAGAGAAAAAAGCAGUUGUUGCACUCUUAGUUUUUAUAAUGGCUACUUUGGAGAUUUUGGCCAAAAAAAACUGUCAGCCGCAAACGGCCCAUUUAGCGGUAACGUUAUCAAAAAUCCGGCUAGAUAUACACAGACAGAGAAGAUAGACCACCCACCGCGGUCUACACCUCCUACUCUUCACGAACAGAUUUUAGCAUGAGCAAGGGAUGUGAUGCGGGGCCUACGAUUUAUUGUCUAGGUGGUCAGAAGAUUAGAACUCUACCCGUUUGAAGAUGUCAUUACAAAAUAAACACUUUCAGUUACUUACCUUAAGUGGUGGUCCGACCGGGUUUUAAACCCGCGGCCUCCCUCUCGGUAGACCAGUGCCUACCGGGUGACAGUAGAUCGUUGAAUUAUACAAAUUUUUUAGUAUUAUCGAACAGCUUUUUUAUCAUGGCUUCAAAGAUUUGAUUUGCUACUGUCUCAAUUUUUCUGCCAGGUUUCGUCGUUUUCUGAUUGCAGUCUCUGAACACAAAUACUUUGACUACGUGGUUCUGUUAUUUAUUCUAACAAGCUGCGUGGUCCUGGCACUAGAAGAGCCGAACAUGCAUCCAAAGGUAGAUAUAUAUAUUUAUUAUAUGGAGGAGAGUGUUUUACUGGGAACUAAACCACUCGUAGGUUCCAUACGCCACUUCAUCCGGGACCCGAGUGGCAUAUUUUCCGUAUGUCACCUUUGUGAGUGUCGUAUCGUUCAAUGACGUCACGAUUCCCGCCUUUUGCUUUUGUUGAAUUGGUUUCUCCAUAUAAUAAAAAGAAUAUUACACGUUGGCUCGAAGAUAUGAAUUUUAUGUUCUCGUGGCAAGAACAAUAUCUCACUCGUUCGCUUCGCUCACUCGUGAGAUAUUGUUAUUGCCACUCGAACAUAAAAUUCAUAUCUUCUCGCCACCGUGUAAUAUCCUCUAUAUAUAUCUCAAUUUACUUUCAGAAGUCGUCUAGUUCACAUGUCCCUAUAAUAUAAUUCCUGGCUUUUUUGCGCAUGAAUCAUUUUAUAGCAAAAAUGAUCACGUCUCAACCUCUUGUUUGUGUGAACGUGUUAAAUCAUAUCUAUGACACCAAAAUUAGUUAAAAAAUGAACUGAUGAGGUCGGUGAAUUUUGCCUUAAGUUCGCGGCAGACUUAAGCUAGUCAUAGCUUUAAUCGCAAAGCUCAGCUUUUUUUGGCUUCUUUUAUAUUCACAGAAACGCCAAAUAAUUGACAUCGCGAUGGUUGUGCUGACCGGAAUUUUCAGUGUUGAAAUGACUAUGAAGGUAAAUCUUUCUUACUAAAUGAGUUGUUUCGAUUUCGCCAUUAGUAAUGAACUGCUGUGUUUGACCUCCACUAUGGUAUACCGAAACUAAAGCCAUGCACAAUACUUUAAGCAGAGGAUGAUUCAGUAAGAACUUAGAACACUGUGACGUAAGGUUUCCUCUUUCGCAAGGUAGCUCAAGGUCCAUAUAACUUGCUCAAUAACCUACAUUAAGUCAUGUAUGCCUCUAUUAUUUUUUCAGUUUAAUAUUUAUUGCGCUCGAUGAUUUCAUGCACGGAUUUCGGCUCUUGCAGCUAAAAAACAUUUCAGUUUUGAUCUUUCUGCUUUGACGCUGAGCCCAGAAAAUCCCAUUGUUUCUUUAAUGCUUCUUUCGUAGCCUUUAUAUACGCGAAUUAUCCAUUCUUAUCAAUAGCUUAUAUUUUGGCUACUCUUAAGUGGCCAAAAUAUGCAACAUGAAUAAAGGCUGAAAACUUUUUUUAUAGUUGACUUUUUGAGCUUUGAAAGAAGCAUAAAAGGCUUAUAUGAAUAAAUUAACGUCACGAAUGACGCUUUCGGUAUUGCCACUCGCAAUCACAAGGAAGAAGGCCAAAAUAAUGAGAAAGAAGAACACAAGCAUAAGAAAGCGUCCUUCCUUUACUUGAUAUGUACUAGAUGAAAUGAUCGCCUGGGUAAAAAUUUGAAAACCGGUAUAUCUUUACAAACAGAGCACCUUAUGAAUUCCAAGGAAAAAUGAGUUGUAAAGAUAAGAAAAAAGGAAGCCUAUAGAGCACUUCAUACAGUGAUGGUAGAGAUUACCACUCACAAGUGAUCAUGACUGUUCAUUACAGAUUGUCGCUCAUGGUCUUGUUAUUGGUCCUGGAUCUUACUUGAAGGACGGAUGGAAUGUUCUGGAUGGGAGCCUUGUGUUGGUCUCCUGGAUUGAGGUCAUCAUUACCUACAGCACUGCUUCUGCUCCGGAAGUGCUUGGAGCCUUGAAAGUCUUUCGAGCAUUGAGAACCCUUAGACCGUUGAGGUAGGUCUGCCAACCGACUCUUUUGUUUACUUUAAGCGUCAAUCAAUCAAUCAAUCAAUCCGCUGCAGGAUUAGCUCAGUCGGCAGAGCACGUGACUUCGGAGUGGGAGGUCGUGUGUUCGAUUCCCGGGGCCGGACCAUUACUCAGGGUCUUAAAACUGAGAAAUGAAGGUACUUCCCUUGCACUGCAAGAUGCUGGACCUUCGCGUGGCUCGAAUGAUCACGUAAAAUGGUGGUCCCGUCUCCUGUAGGAGGCGUAAAAAAUAGUGUCCCUAAUUAGUAUUUUCGUGCUAAAUACAUUGACGCUCAAAUGAAGCGCGUCAAUCAAUCAAUCAAUCAAUCAAUCAAUCAGUCGAUCAGCAACCAAUCAGUCAGUCAGUCAGUUAAUCAAUCAAUAAGAACUUUAUUAACAUGUCAGACGCCAGCAGCUCACCAUGAGUGGUGCACUAAUCGGAGACACUUAGACUUAAACGCGUAAACCAAGUUUGAUUCGGAAAAACGCUAGUCUGUCAUGACGUCGUCAUGUCAGAUUUUUAUGGAUUCAAAUCUACUUCUUGGCCCUCUUUUAAAAUUAGUUUUGAAUAAAAUUUAUUGGUGUCACAACUCCCUUGCAGCCAUUAACAUAAUCUUUAUCAAUGUAGGAUGAUUCGCCGUGCCCAAGGUUUAAAGUUGGUCGUUCAGACUCUGUUGUACUCCCUGAAGCCGAUUGGAAACACUGUUCUGAUAGCAGCUAUUUUCUUCGUUAUGUUUGCAAUACUUGGAGUACAGGUAAGUUUUUUCUUCUUUAAAUUUCCACUACUUGUUAAUACCGGAUUAAACUCUAAUUUAACGUUUAGGGGGCAUUUUCUACAAAGUUAAACAGUAAUUUACUGCAACCAUUUUUCACAGAAAAGUACGCCAUGUUUCUACUUGUAGGCUUAAAUGUAUGUGCAAUGUGAAUACAGUCGAACCUUCAAUGACGGUCACCUCUGUACAACUUCUUUUUAUCCAGGAGGGGGACAGUCCAUACAUUGAAUAUUGUUUAAACCUCUUUACAACGGCAUAAAGCUAUGUGGAUGAUCUUUUUUGCUGUAUUGAAACUAUUUAUUUGCAUAAAUUGUUGUCAUACCAUUUAUACAUUUUUGUUAGUCUUAACCCCCUUAAAACAGUUUAGAAUUAAUAAAAAAAGGCCUCUCUAUGACGAGCAUUAUUGAGCAUUUUAGUGACUUUUUUUUUGAGGACGACCUUGCAUUUUAGGGGGGAAAAUGGAGCCUUAAGGUGGAGCAUUUUAGUGGAAAAACAACAGCACAAUGUACAAAGGCCUAGACGGAGAGCAUAUUCCGCCUUGAUGCAGUCAUACAGAUACUUAUGAGCUUAAAUAUUUGGGACAGGGCACCAAGUUUCGUAUGUGCUUACAGCGAUAUUCUUAAAGAUUUCAGUCAAAAUACCCUUUCACUGCCCCCAUAAAUAAAUUCCUGAGAUAAAUAUUUUUGAGAAUAAUAAUUAGCUUUGACAGUUGUCUAAGUAUGAUGGUCCUCUUGCUAUGCUACCGAGUGUAACGUACCGUUACUUCAUAAUACCAAACAAACCCUAUCUUGAAUUCGCGAUCUCUAAUUACGCUCCAUGUGGAUAGAACAGUGUUAGCCAAAUCAGAAUACAGAGGAUAAUUUGCCUUUUGUUGACAUUAAAGUGUAACUGGCUCAACCUUUCAGAUUUUCAAGGGCACCUUUCAUUAUUGUGAAGGAAACAGCCUCGUUAAAAACAAGGACGAGUGUUUGAAGAGUAGUAACGGUCACUGGGAAAAUCAUAUGUACAAUUUUGACAACUUACCCCAGGUAAAUAUGAAUUCUUUAGGUGUGAUAUAAUUGUUUAAUUUGAACGAAAGUUUGAUUAUCGGUGGCUUUCCUAGUAACUGUACAGGGUGGUCCAUGAUGUGGUGAUUCCUUAAGUCAUCUAUCUGUAUAGGUAUAUGCUCAUUAUGUACCUGCAUGUCUUGCUCUACGGUCUUUCAUGUACUUUGCCAAUAGGAAUGAUCAUACAUACCUCUUUUAUCGAUGCAAAUAUCCUUCCAAUUAGCCGUCUCUAUUUUAAGUACGUGUUCUCAAUGCAUGAGAUUCAUAUCAAUAGUGCGCCCUCACAAAUCGUAAAUUUGUUCCAGCAGACAGCAUCUACGCUUAUAACACAAGAUCAUCCUUAAAAAAACAAUAUGUACAUCAAAAGAAUUUAAUAUUGAAAAACUAAUUAUUUUCAGUGAAAUCUGUUUGUAAUAGCUUUAAUUGGUACGCCUCGUCGGUUAGCGUUUUGGCUAUCUGCGUCUGCCAAGAAAUUGUAAGGAACGUUGAGGUACAAAAUGUCGACUGUAACGAGCUGUAACGUAACUACAAAUAACUUAAAAAUAAGAUCGAUUCUUAUUCUGUCUGAUGUAGAACAGAUAUAUAAUUAGUCGUGCUGAAGUUACCUUCCAUAUCGAUAAGAGCUUUCUACGUGAGCAACUGACUUUGGGAAUAAAGGAUAUAGAAAUGUAAUUUGCAAAUUCAAUUAAAAAUUUAUCAUAUUUUUUCACCAUCAUUCCCAGGCUCUUAUUUCAUUAUUUGUGUUCUCCACACGUGACGGAUGGGUGGAAAUUAUGCACAAUGGAAUUGAUGCUGUGGGAGUCGGUCAACAGGUUGGUGUCUUUCCUUGUAGUUUUUAAACGAAAAUGUCGAACGGAGAUUUUUUUUUUCUAAGUUGUCAAGACAUAUCAUGUUUUCCUGUUGCUUAAGACUGAGACAUUAAAGGCAUACUAGUCAUAGCUCAAGAGUUGAUUCAGUUCAACAUUAAGAGCACCUUCACUAGCAGCUUUUACACUCUCGAAUUUGAGCAUUAACUAUUUACUUCAAUCUUUUCUUUGAUAACCUGUAAAGAACUACGCUGAAUGGCGACUUGCGUAUUUCAUUCCUUUUCUUAUGCUGGGUGGCUUCCUUGUGCUAAAUAUGAUCGUGGGUGUGGUAGUAGGAAAUUUUCAACGCUGUGGAGAAAGAAUCGAGGACGAAGAAAAGCAGAGAAGACGAAGAAAGAUGCUGAACAAGGCAAGAAGCAAGAAUCGACAAGGUGGAUAUUACCUUCCUUUUGCGCUUGUACUGCUGCGCCUACAAUUCCAACCUUUAGGAAUAAUUUCAUAUGCUAUUUGGCCUGUCUGUAAGUCAGAUUUAUUUCGUCCGCCAGAAGGGGAGUCUAUGGAAGCUUAGUUGGUAUGCACGUUGCAUCAUAUCGCAAGAUAACACCUAGGAAGAUUUUUUGUAACACUAUGUACAAACAUUCUUUCUCUUUUUCUAAUCAUCCCUGAUUUAAUCAGCGUAGUAUAUUUAUUUACACUCACCAGAAAGUAAAAAAUUAUAAUUGCCUUUGGGACAGCAAGCAACUACUUAACAACCCCCCCCCAAAAAAAACAAACAAAAAAACAACAACAACAACAACCACAACAACAACAACAAAAGAAAAACAAGAAUAACAGCAAAAAUAAAUACAAAAGAAAUUAAAGAACUCUCAUUAAUUACAUCUUCAUGUUUUUCUUCCAGAGGUAGACCGAACGUAUUACCAAUCUUACAGUAAAUGGCGGCGGCGUGUUCAUGACAUGUGUCUUCACAUGUAUUGGGAUGUCGUUUUUGCCAUGGUGAUUUGCCUGAAUGUAAUCUGCAUGUCUUUGGAGCAUUAUCAGAUGUCACAGGUAAUGAGGAAAAAUACAAAAUUGAGGCUAAAACCUCAUUCCUGA